AGUCGGUACUGCCGGGUCCCCGUGUCUUUCCCAAAGUAGCAGCAAAAGACGAUUCCAAAUCACAGGAAAAAUCUCGGACGCUCUCUCUCUCUCACCCUCCCAAGGUCGCCGCCAAAAAUGGCGGCCGGAAAGCAAAAAGCUCCGGCACCGCCGAGCGCAGAGAAAAUAAACUCAAGGGUCUGGUUCUACUCCCUUCUACUCACACUCCAGUACGGAGCUCAGCCCCUCAUCUCCAAACGCUUCACCAGUAGAGAAGUGAUCGUGACGUCAUUGGUCCUGACGUGCGAGAUAGCCAAGAUUAUCUGUGCCCUAAUUUUCAUGGCUAGAGACGGCAGCUUGAAGAAGGUGUACAGAGAGUGGACGUUGGUUGGUGCACUGACCGCCUCGGGGCUUCCCGCCGCCAUUUACGCAUUGCAGAAUAGUUUGCUGCAGAUUUCUUACAAGAACCUUGAUUCACUCACCUUUUCAAUGCUUAACCAGACUAAAAUCAUUUUCACUGCUCUCUUUACCUAUUUGAUUUUGAGGCAGAAGCAAUCGAUUCAGCAAAUUGGGGCGCUCGUUUUAUUGAUUACGGCUGCUGUUCUUUUAAGUUUUGGGGAAGGCUCCAAAAAAGGGACUGGUAGUGGCAGUUCUGACCAAAUAUUGUUUAGUGGGAUAAUUCCUGUCCUGGUGGCCUCUGUACUCUCAGGUUUGGCAUCCUCUUUGUGUCAAUGGGCUUCCCAGGUUAAGAAACACUCAUCGUAUUUGAUGACAGUAGAGAUGUCUGUUGUGGGAAGUUUGUGCCUGUUGGCCAGUACCUCUAAAUCUCCAGAUGGAGAAGCCAUCAGAAUACAUGGAUUUUUUUAUGGAUGGACUUUGAUGACUUGGAUCCCAGUCAUGUGCAAUGCCCUUGGUGGAAUUCUUGUUGGCCUAGUCACAAGUUAUGCUGGUGGCGUGAAAAAGGGGUUUGUUAUUGUUUCUGCUCUUCUUGUUACCGCUAUGCUGCAGUUCAUUUUUGAAGGGAAACCACCUUCACUAUAUUGUCUCCUGGCUCUUCCUCUCGUGGCUAGCAGCAUUUCAAUAUACCAGAAGUAUCCAUACCGGGUUAAAAAGAAAGAAGCUUAAAUCCUGUUGCAACAUCGGGGGAGUUGUUUUAACCCUGAUCACAAACGGCUUUAAAUGGUUGGACAUAUUGUAAUUUAUAGAUGCCAGAAUGGUAGAGAGCUAUUGGAAUUUAUUCGAUUUUACCUUCUAGUUAAGGGAAUUCAAUCACGCAUUGUAUUUGGCUUGAGCAUGACCUCUUUGGCCCGUAUCGGAACCGAUACGAAGGUAAUUGUAAUAUUUUCUUGUUGUAAUAGUGCAACAGAUAAAUGAAGAUCUUUUAGAUGAUAAAAUUUCUGCUA